CUACCAGGGGCAGUGGACGGGAGGGAUGCGGCACGGGUACGGCGUCCGUCAGAGCGUGCCCUACGGCAUGGCCACUGUGAUCCGGUCCCCGCUCCGGACGUCGUUGGCUUCCCUACGGAGCGAGCAGAGCAACGGCACCGUUCUGCACGACGUGACGGCGGACAGCCCGGCUGGCACGAGGGGAGGAUUCGUGCUCAAUUUCCACAGCGAUCCCGAAGCCGUGGGCAUUAAGAAAAAAGGAGGCUUGUUCCGAAGAGGGUCCCUCCUUGGUAGUAUAAAACUGAGGAAAUCCGAAUCUAGGUCGUCGAUAUCGAGCAAACGGAGCUCCGUCAGGAGCGAUGCUGCCAUGAGCAGAAUUAGUUCUAGCGAUGCCAACUCUACGAUUAGUUUCGGAGACGGUGACUGUGAUUACUCCCCUAUGGAAGACCACGUAGAUGCCACCACGACAGAAACCUACAUGGGCGAAUGGAAGAACGACAAGCGCAGCGGGUUUGGUAUUAGCGAGCGAUCCAACGGUAUGAAAUACGAAGGAGAGUGGCUAAACAACAGGCGGCACGGGUAUGGAUGUACCAUGUUUCCAGAUGGCACCAAAGAAGAGGGAAAGUACAAAAAUAACGUUUUGGUCCGUGGAAUAAGAAAGCAACUUAUACCCAUACGAAACACAAAAACUAGAGAAAAGGUGGAUAGAGCGAUAGAGGGAGCACAGCGAGCAGCUGCCAUGGCCAGAACCAAAGUGGAAAUUGCGACUUCAAGAACUGCACACGCAAGAGCUAAAGCUGACGCUGCGGAUCAGGCCGCUCAGGCAGCUCGCCAGGAAUGUGAUAUCGCCAGAGCAGUUGCCAGAGAACUUUCACCAAAUUUCUACCAACCAGAUGUCUGGCACCUGAUGGGGGAGCAGAAAUGA